GUAAGAGAUUCGAGCUUGCAGAAGAAAAACUGUCCUGGGCUUUCCAUUGCAUAACUUGGUAACGUAUCCCUCGUUUGACAGAGUGUUCCAGAGACCAUCUGUGAUUGUUUUCGAGAUAGUUUCGCUUCAUGAGGUUAUGGGAGAGAAGGAGCCAUGUCAGAAGAAGGUGUUGCUGAGACACGAUUUUCUCUGAAGACGGCAGCUCUGCGGGUGUUCCAUCUCCCCCUUUCUUGGUAUUAUUCUCUUAACCAGGUAAAGCUUUCCCCUGGGUUGAAGAAGCUUUUCACAGUAACAGCAGUGAGUGCAAUAUCUGUGAUUUUUCUGGCCCAUCACUUUAAAAGAAGACGUGGAAAGAAAAACAAGAAAGUGCCCCCAUGGGAACCAAGUCAUCUGGUACUGGAGUGUACCAAAGCAGCUGAUUCAGAAAAAGGUUCUAGUUGUUCCAGCAGUCGACAAAACUUGACCCUUUCUCUGAGCUCUGCCAAGGAAAAAGGAUCUCAGUCUUGUAUCUAUGCAAAUGGAGGACUCUUCAGUAAAUACUCUGGUUCAGUCCAAAGCCUGACCUCGGUUCAGAGUGCCACCUCUUGUCACAGCUGUGCUUGUGCCAAUUCUAAUUCCUGGGAUAAAGCAGAUGAGGAUGACAUUAAGCUUGUCAAUAUUCCAGUGACUACACCUGAAAAUUUAUAUUUGAUGGGGAUGGAGCUGUUUGAGGAGGCCCUGCGGCGCUGGGAGCAGGCACUGACCUUUCGGAACAGGCAAGCUGAAGAUGAAGCCAUCUGUGGUUCCAUUAAGCUGGGAGCAGGAGAUGCCAUUGCAGAAGAAAGUGUAGAAGAUAUCAUCAGUGCUGAAUUCAUUCAUAAGCUUGAAUCUCUUCUUCAAAGAGCUUAUCGUCUUCAGGAGGAGUUUGAGGCCACCCUUGGGGUCUCUGAUCCUGCUGCUCUAGCUAAUGAUGUUGAUAAAAACACAGACAUUACUGUGAAGGAUAACACGGAUGAUUUCUGCCUUCGAGACACAUUGAGCAUUGCAUCAACAGACUCCUUUGUCUCCACAGCUGAGCUUACAGAGCACAGGGAGAUCCGUAACACGUACGGGCUGGACUCCCUUUGCCACUGCCCCUUGUAUGAAGAAGCCAUGCACUUGGCAGAAGAAGGCAAAAUAUAUUCACGAGUGUUAAGGACUGAAAUGUUUGAAUGUCUAGGAGACAGUGACUUCCUUGCUAAGCUGCACUGUAUUCGACAAGCUUUUCAGGUAAUUCUUUCAGAAACAGCAAACAGAAUAUUUCUUGCUGAAAGUGGAAGAAAAAUUUUGUCUGCUUUAAUUGUGAAAGCACGAAAGAAUCCAAAGAAAUUUGAAGAUGUCUUUGAUGAAAUGAUAUAUUUUUUGGAACAAACAGACCACUGGGAUAAUACUGAAAUGGAACUUGCUGCUAGAGGAGUGAAAAAUCUGAAUUUUUAUGAUGUUGUUCUGGACUUCAUAUUAAUGGAUUCAUUUGAAGAUUUAGAAAAUCCACCUAUCUCUAUACAGAAUGUAGUCAAUAACCGCUGGUUAAAUUCCUCUUUCAAAGAAACAGCUGUAGCUUCAAGCUGUUGGUCAGUAUUGAAGCAGAAAAGACAGCAAAUGAAGGUGCCUGAUGGAUUUUUUGCACAUUUCUAUGCUAUAUGUGAACAUAUCAGCCCUGUUUUGGCAUGGGGCUUUUUGGGCCCUAGAAAUUCCCUUUAUGACUUAUGCUGCUUCUUCAAGGAUCAAGUGCUUUUCUUCCUCAAAGACAUUUUUGAUUUUGAAAAGGUGAGGUACUCCAGCAUGGAGAGCCUGGCUGAGGAUCUCACCCAGCUGCUGAUCCGACACACGGAGCUGCUCAUGGCUUACCUGGGAGCAGAUUCCCUGAGACACGUGGGGGCCUGUGUGAGCUCUCAUGGGCACGUCGUGCCCAGCGGGCUCUUGGAAGCAAAAGUCCAGUAAGCCCUGAAAAUCCAUGACAAAUGCCAGGGAGUGCACAUUGGGGUGCUCCUUCCCACCUUUUUUCUCUAAUGCUGAAGCUACACCAUGGCUCUCAGUGAGCAAGCAACUGGAAAUGCAUCACGUCACUCAAGUGUGGAAAAGGACUCAGGGAGGUUAAAUGUACACCUAUGAAAAGAAAUGGGGAGUGUGUUACUGUAUAUACCUGAAUUAAUUUUGCAGCCCAGCUGUCGCUGUAUUUAUACUUCAUGUAUCCCAAAGCUUUUUUCUGUAAUAUUUGGGUAAAGUUUAUUUAUGAAAUACUGUACUUUUGCACAGAUGAUUUGUGAGUGAAGCUGAUGGAGUUGUUCCCAUUUAAAGGCUUACAGUACAAAGUGUUCAUUGCAGAGUCUCAUCAUUAGGUGUCUGGAAGGUGUUUUGCCUGCAGUCUCUGAUUCAUGUGACACAUGCAAUAAAGGAAUCACACUCACAAAACUGAACAUGUUGCCCCUGCCCUGGGAUUACAUUUGUGUGGGUGUAAGCAGCCAUUCUGUACUGCAGUGCAAGGGAGCAGUGCAGGAAAUGCAAGCACUGUUGGGGCAGGAAUGACUGCCAGUAUGCAUUUUUUUACUUUAUUUUGUUUUAAAAUAUCUAAACAUCAUUAAGGUGUUUAAAAAUACUUAUUUAUAUUUUAAAAGCUAUGCUAGCUUCACCAAUUAAUUUUAAAACCUUUCCUUGUUCUAAAACUGUUACUACUCUAUGUGGUGGUAAAUUAACCAAUAGCAUUCUCAGUUCAUAUGUAGCAUUUCAAAAUAUAUUUUUAAAUAAGUAUGUAUGGUAAGAUUUGUUAAUCAUGAAACAGAAUUGAAGGCAGUGUUUUAUAAUUUAAAGCACUUCAGUCUUCCUCCCUUCUCUGUGGGAAGUCAGGUGUCUAUUUAAGAAAUUCAAGCAGUUGUGGCCAUCUGUGUGCAGUGUGAAACUGUGGCUCAGGCUGUGGAACCCUGAACUUCAGGCAGCACAGUCAGAAAGCCUGAGGGAACUCACAGUAAUGUUUUUUCCUGUUCUGGGGGUAAUAAAUAAUGAUGAGGUAUAAUCUUUGAAUUUCUGUAAACUGAAGCAAUGCUUCAUAAUUAGUUUAGGCUCUUAAACUACACUUACAUAUGCUUUGCCACACAGAGCCAGCCCACAAGAAUCUGUCCUGUGUCAAGAAAUACAGAGUAAGUAAUUACAGAGCAAUUCCAAAUAUUCAGAUAUUUGAGAAGCAUGUUGUUAAAAAUCUAAGAUAUCAAAACAAUCCUUGACUAGAAAAAUGUCACCUUUUGUUGCAAACACAACCCAAAAUGACAAUAGCCAAGAGGAGGGCCUGUGUAAUUCAUAGAUUUUACCGAAGCCAACAUUUUGCUCCUUUGUUGUACUCAUUUGAUAAGUACAAAAAUGAUGAAAAUGUGUCAUAUGACUUGUGUGAAAUGCCAACUGAUUAUAAUUUAUUUAACAAAGAAAAAAGUAUACUUCUAUGUGUAAUAAAAGAGAAAUUCCAAAUGCUGCUCUUGGCCUGUUUCCACUGUUCAAGUUGCUGAGCUUGGCACUGUGCUCCGUGCUGGAUUUUUUCUUUUCUCUGCAAUGUCUUCAUUGUGGGCAUGUGAAGUUUUCUUCACCUAUCUCAGCUUUUGAGCAGAUAAGUAUGUUUAAGCUAUCUGUGUUUUGGCAGCUUAUUGCAAGUCUAUGAGUGAAAUUAUGUGGAACAGUAAAGGUGUCUUGUUGGGCUCAUAAUCAAUAGGAAUAGCUGGAAAUAGUAGCAGAGUAAGUGGCAUAUUCCACAGCAAAUGCACUAGCUGUAGGUAGCAAAGGAAACUGUCUCUCUGGUCUAAUAAACUGAUAGGAAGAAAAUUACACCUUAACAUACAUCUCAGAGAAACAGAAAUGCACUUUUUCACAGAAGUAAAUGUAUAUUGAGAUUUUCAUGGUUUUUACAAAAAGCUUUUGAACAAAGUGCAGCAGCAUUGCACAGGAGGUUAUAAAUGUUUCCAGAUACUUUAAAAGUUGGUCUUCUGUCAAAAAUGAAAGGAUUUUUUUUAAAUAGAAGAAUGAGAAGGAUCUAAAAAAACACCAAAAUAUUUAGAAAAUGAGGAAGAACUUGAUAAUAUCUGACUUAAAACAGGAGCACUUCCACAUGCUCGUGGAGCUCUCGGAAGUCCACAGAAUGGGGUUGGAAGUUGAACUGAUGUCUUUCCCAAAAUUAGAAACACAAGUUCUGGUUGUUUUAAGAUACCAACAAAUGUUUGAUUCAGAAGCAGUUCAAAAAUGAAGAGCAAGGAAAGGGAGAAAAAGAAAGAGGAAGAGGGAAAUGUACAUGUGGGUAGGCUUUUGAUCCCCUUUGGCUCUUUUAGGACAAAAAAACAUUCUUCUAUUCUGUCCUUUCUAACUUCAAAUGGGAGAUGAAGGUCUCCUUGUAACAUAGAACUGGAGUCAGUUCUGUUAAAAGCUUCACCUGAGCUAGCAGGUGUGUCCAGAGUAUCUGCUGAUAACCAGCCAUGUGGCCUGAGAAUUUCAGAAGUGCAGCAUCUCUGAAAACACAAGUGCCAGAGCUGCAGCACAGCAGGGACAGGAUGAUGCAGUUCUACUCUAGCGACUUCAAAAUCAGAAUUUCGUUCAGAAUCUCUAAAUUUGGGUAGUUUUGAAUGCCACUUUCCAUGCUAAUAAGAACAAGCUAAAUUUCAAAGCCAUCCUCUUCUGCCAUAACUGUGCUCCUAAAGUCAGAAAUGUUGAAUGUGUAGGGAUUAUACAAGAAUCAAAUAUUUAUAUCAUUUGUAAUUUAGUUGUAAUAAUAAUCUCACUUUUAAUGUGUUCUUAAUGAUUAUUAUACAUUUCUUUUGUAGUCUUUGGUUUCUAUCAAACUGGACGUGUCAAACCAAGUGUCAGAGUAAGAUCAUUUGUGACCUUUCUAUUGCCUAAUGAAGUGCAGCUGUGUAUAUGAAAUAAAAUAUUUCAGUGAAACAA